CGGAGCUUGCUGAUGCCAUUCGACUCGGUGUUCGAUGCGGGGAUGAAGUCCUCGUUGACCAGCGCACAGUUCUCCUCCCUACGAGCUACUGUAGCGCGCAACUUUUAGUGUCCGCUGUUCGUGCAGUCUGCGGAUUUAUCCAGAGAACAAACCAGACAUUUUACCCCCAGUUGCAGUCUUUUUCCCCCUGUUAAUCCAGACCGAGCUAGACGUGUCUGCACAGUACCCCCACCACCUUUCGGGUGCAGCAAAAUAGUCUGUCUGGUGCUUUAACGGGAAGAAAAACAACAACAUCAGCACACUUUUGUUGGACUGUUUUGCCAAACAUGACGAGAACAUGUGGAAGUAGGUGUGAACCGACCGGUGAUGAGGAUUAUCUCCGCAACUAACACGCAUGCAGUGAGGCGCCCUGGUUGCGGAUUCAGCCUGUGCUCGGUCACCGAGUCGAGGGGGAGACAUUGGGAGAAGUCGCGUGGAGCACAAAGAGCUUUUUAAAGCCGAGGACACAACAAGUUUGGACCAUGCACCAGCUGUGCUGACAGAGGAGGCUAGGAGAGGAGGUGAAACACUGACUGUUGUUGUUUUUUUUAUAUCCACACUUUCAUCACAACACAAAGUUGGGCAAUUCAGAGAAGUUUCCAGUCUGUGUGCGACCAGUUAAACGUCACUAUCGACUGACACUUCACUUAGCCAAAGUGUUGUUUUAUUUAUUUAUUUGUUUACUGCAGUGUUUUUGACCACAGUGUGAGGCUCUCUGAACUGAAGUCCACUUUAAAUGCGGACUGGUUUGCGGCCAGUGAGUGCACAGCCGUGCCACUUUAUUUCUAAUUGGAGACAAAGCGGAAGAACAGAGAACAGGUUAAUUGUUCACCUUUUGGUACCAGCACCAUGGAGCUGACAUACAGGAGCGUUGUGCUGCUGGGGUGCGUCUUCCUUGACUGGACUCUCCUGGCUUCUGCAGAGGAAGAGGUCCUGAUGAACACGAAAACGGAGACUUCUGAUCUCAAAUGGACCAUCUUCUCACACGCCAAACCCGCGUGGGAGGAGCUAAGCGGUUUAGAUGAGGAGAACAACAGCGUGAGGAUCUACCAGAUCUGUCAGACUGACAGCUCAUCCAGCCAUUGGCUGCGCAGCGGCUUCAUCCAGCGACGAGGAGCGUCUCAGGCUUACGUGGAGCUGCGAUUCACCAUGAUGGAGUGUUCCUCCAGGAGCACCCACCACCGCAGCUGUAAGGAGACCUUCAACCUGUACUAUUACCAGGCCGACUCCAACGAGGCCACGCCCUCUUACCCGCCCUGGAUGGAGAACCCGUACACCAAGGUGGACACAGUGGCUGCAGACUUUCUCCUGAGGAAGGGUGGGGAGCGGAAAUUCAAUGUGAAGACCUUACGAUUCGGCCCGCUGUCAAUGAGAGGCUUCUACUUGGCUUUUCAGGCUCAGGGCGCCAGCAUGGCCCUGCUGUCCGUCAGGGUGUUCUUCAAAAAGUGCCCCCCCCUGGUCAGUGCUCUUUCCUCUUUCUCCGAGACGGUGCCCCGCACUCUGGUGCAAGAGGCGCAGGGUGUGUGUGUGGAGCACGCCUCCCAGCAGGGGCCUCGACCUCGGCCGCCAAAGCUCUUCUGCGGGGAGGACGGCCAGUGGGUGGGCCAGCCGACGACCUCCUGCGCCUGCCUACCAGGAUAUGAGCCCUCUGAAGGACACACUAUAUGCACAGCUUGUCCUGUUGGUCAGUUCAAGUCGGCCUCGGAGGGACAGUGCACAGGCUGUCCGGGAUUCAGCCACGCCGCCGUCGGAGGAGCGUCGGUGUGUGCCUGCCGCUCCGGAUACUUACGUGCAGAGUCCGACUCUGCCGACACCCCGUGCACUAGACCUCCCUCGGCUCCGCGCAGCAUCGUCACCCAGAUCAACGACACCACGCUCAGUCUGGCGUGGAACGAACCUCUGGACAGCGGCGGCAGAACGGACCUGAGCUACGCCGUCGGGUGCUCUGUGUGCAGGUCUCCCAAGGGGCAGUGCCUCUCCUGCGGGGACAGCGUCAGCUACCGGCCCGCGCAGCACGGCCUGCUGGGACGCAGGGUGGAGGUGUGGGGCAUGCUGCCUCAAACCACAUACACUUUCACAAUCCAGACCCUCAACGGGGUGUCUCCGGUUAGCGGCAAAGACCCCGCCAGUGAAAAUGUCAACAUCACCACGAGCCACGACGUGCCCUCGCUGGUGUCUGUGAUUCGGAAGAGUGACUCCACAGAGAGCAGUCUGACUCUGCACUGGUCAGUCCCAGCUCAGCCUCACUACACCAUCCUGCAAUAUCAGCUACGCUACUGUGAGAAGGAGCGACGUAACGAGGAUCAGUGCCACUACGCAGAGAGUACCAGAAACCAGGCCGUGCUGACGGACCUCCGCAGGGCCACUCAGUACGAGGUGCAGGUCCGAGCGCGCACCGUGGCCGGUUAUGGCAGCUUCAGUCCUGCAGCCAUGUUCCACACUCUGCCUGACGGUCUCGACUCUGCCGCCCAGUUCCUAGUACCUGGCAUCCUUAUCGCUGUGGGGAUGUUGCUGCUUGUCACUUUCGUCUUAGUGGCCGCCUACUGCAUCCGCAGACACAGCCGGGUAAAGGAUCCAGAGCUGAGCGACAAAAACAACCAGUACCUUAUUGGCCAAGGGGUCAAGGUUUACAUCGACCCCUUCACCUAUGAGGACCCUAAUGAGGCCGUGCGAGAAUUUGCCAAGGAAAUUGAUGUUUCCUUUGUCAAGAUCGAGGAGGUUAUCGGUGCUGGAGAGUUUGGGGAGGUGUGUCGCGGGCGGCUGAAGGUCCCGGGGAAAAAAGAAAACUACGUGGCCAUCAAGACACUAAAGGGAGGCUUCACUGACAAGCAGAGGCGGGACUUCCUUUCUGAAGCGUCCAUCAUGGGUCAGUUCCAGCACCCCAACAUCAUCCACCUGGAGGGGAUCAUCACAGCCAGCUGUCCGGUUAUGAUCCUCACAGAGUUUAUGGAGAACGGAGCUCUGGACUCGUUUCUACGGCUGAACGACAGCCAGUUCACUCCCAUCCAGCUGGUGGGGAUGCUGCGCGGCAUCGCCUCUGGCAUGAAGUACCUGGCGGAGAUGAGCUACGUCCACCGAGACCUGGCUGCCCGCAACAUCCUGAUCAACAGCAACCUCGUGUGCAAGGUGUCCGACUUCGGCUUGUCGCGCUUCCUCCAGGAGAACUCAUCUGACCCGACUUACACCAGCUCCCUGGGAGGUAAGAUCCCAAUACGCUGGACAGCACCAGAGGCGAUAGCCUUCAGAAAGUUUACUUCAGCCUCAGAUGUGUGGAGCUAUGGCAUUGUCAUGUGGGAGGUCAUGUCUUUUGGAGAGAGACCGUAUUGGGACAUGAGCAACCAGGAUGUUAUCAAUGCCAUAGAGCAGGACUACCGGCUGCCACCACCCCCUGACUGCCCCACCCAUCUGCACCAGCUGAUGCUGGACUGCUGGCAGAAGGACCGCUCGGCGCGCCCUCGCUUCUCCGACCUCGUCAGUGCCCUCGAUAAGCUCAUCCGCAACCCCGCCUCGCUGAAAAUAGUGGCUCAAGAAGGAGCGGGGCCGUCUUACCCCCUGCUGGACCAGCGUGCACCUUUAGCCCUCUCGUCGUGCGCUUCAGUGGGGGAAUGGCUUCGGGCCAUCAAGAUGGAGCGCUACGAAGACAGCUUCUUGCAGGCCGGCUUCAACUCAGUGGACCAGCUGGCCCAGAUCACCACACAGGAUCUGCUGCACAUGGGAGUGACUUUGGCUGGGCACCAGAGGAAAAUCCUUUCCAGCAUCCAGACAAUGACCUUUCGGAACAAGAGCACUGCGACUGUCACCUUCUAGCUCACCUCGUUUAGUAACCUGGACGUGAACACCAGCACACCAGUGCGGCCGUGUACUCUGAGCACUCUGGAUGCUUAUCCCUGUGACCCCACUUUGAACACGGACUUCAAGGGAAAUCAGCAGAAUUUACCUAUGACCAAAAAAUAAUUCAAAAAAUGAACGACUCAAGAUGACAUUCCCAUCCGAAAGAGAGAGCUGUCCGGAGACGGGCAUGUCCCUGACAAGCACAGUGACCAUGGGGACAAAGUUGCUGUUGUGCAGACUUGACUCUGCCUCAUUUUUUUGCGGUCAGUGUUUUUGUAUCUACGUGAAUUAAGGACCCAAUUAUUGUGCUAAACCAAGAGGAGAGACUGAUCAGAAUUUACAAUGUUUCUGUUGUAUCAUGUCAUUUUGGAAACUGGCAGUGGACCGGUUUGUUGUCCCAGUAAAAAGUCACUUUACCGAAGGAGACAAAAAGAAAUGCCAGUGACAAUCCAAGGUUUUCAUUUUUCAUAUUGUUGUAAUUAUGAGAGAACUGCUUUCACCUGGGUGUCUUGCAUUUAAUCCAUCUGGAUUACAUUACUACACGGACAUUUUUUUCACAUUGAGAUGGAACAUUUUAACAGUUGGAUUUUUACUUCUUUGUUUCUGUUUGAUUUCAACAUUACCUCUUUCCUCAGGUGUGAUGUGUAAUGCAAACUUGGGAGAGCGCUGUACUCGUUCGUCCUAAUCAGACUUCUUUCAUCUUCUUUCUCUUCAUCGGCUCCGCAGCAUGUGAGAAGAGAGACACUGAGACAUAUCAGCGCUUUUGUCAUUUCAGAGUGAAUUGUAAUCUUCAGUAACUCCAUGUGUUUCUCUUGGAGUGGUUGGUUAUUUGCUACUGCCUCUGUUUUCUGCCGGCAGCUCAGUUUCAUUAUAAUCUGAAAAUACUGACUGAACAAGGACCAAGUGGACCCAGAGACCAGAGAACACUGUAGAAUUGGGUUUCAUUGUAGAAGUUUACCCAAGGGAAGCUAUCUGGCCUCAAACUUGUUUUUCUUAAAUAUAACUGAUGCAUUUUUAAUUAUCUUAUUCUGUAUUCUCCAUCUUCCAGUGCCAUUCAGUCGUCUUUGUGGACUUAAAUGCCAAUUUUAUAUAGCAGAAAUCUCUCAUGAGUGAUUAUUGUUUCAUUAAAAUGUAUCUCAAAGGGUAACUUUGACAUUUUGAAGUAUUAUGUUCCUUCAUGCUGGUUGUGUAGUUGGUAAAUUGUUUCUGCCGUUGCCUCAAAGCUAUUCAAAAUGAGUCUCUUGAAAUUCUUAACGUUUUGCAUUGAAGACAAUCUACAGCUACCAGCUAAGCUAACAUGCUAGCUUGUAGCCAGUAGUAUCCAUUGGUUUCUGAUUGGUGCGCUAACAACACUGUUGAGCCGCUGUUUGAUUAGCACAGCAGCCCCCCCCCCCUCACAUUAUUACAAGUGCUUGAAGAAGAAUAACAGACUGGAGUUCAAAAUGUCAAAGUAUUGCUCAAAGAUCUCUCGAAGGAUAAUACCAAUCAUUUUGGCAAGUCGUAUAUCAUUUUCCUGCAGUGAAUCAGGAAAAUGAAGUUAAAACGGCUGCUAAAACAAAUUCAAAUAUGUUCAACACAACAUGGUAUAAUUGCUUUUUCUAAAUGCUUUUUACCUUAGUGCCAUUGAGCACUUAUAUGAUUUUUCAAUUGGCAAUUUGGGUUUUCCUCUUCCUUGGACUUUAACAUGGCAUUUCUAUCAUAUGCGAUAAUUAUCCCGGGUUUCAAGAGGCUUAAAGUGCAAUUUAUACACAUUCAAAAUCCAUUCAAAUGUGAUGAUUAACAUAAAUUGAAUUCGGAUUGAUUCACACCAAACCUUGGGUGGUAGUAAUGGCCACACUCUGAGGUACACUUGAAAAAGUGUGGUUGGUGAUACCAUAAAAUCAUCCACCCUCUUAAUUAACAUAAAUGAAUGUCACAGGCCCAUAAUCAAAAUCACUGGUAUUGUCACGCCAGAGUCUGAGAGAUUCAUUUAAGGAGUGUGAGCAAUGUGGUCUUCAUAUUGAAGAUCUCAAUAAAAUCCACUUUUCAAUGAUGAAUAGAUAAAGUAUGUUUUGAUUACUGUCCUGUGUGUAGGCUAAUCUGUAUUCAGUAUUCAUAAUAAAGACACACACCGGUG